AUGGAAGAGCCUAUUGGUAGUUGGAUUGCACUCAAAACUAUCAUGAGAAGGCGUUUUGUACCCGAGCAUUACCAUAGGGAGUUACAUCAAAGACUCCAAUCUUUGAGGCAAGGUACAAGGAGUGUUGAGGAUUUUUAUAAGGAGAUGGAAAUGCUCAUGACUAGGGCUGAUUUGGAUGAGGAUAGAGAAGCUACCAUGGCACGAUUCAUUGGUGGGCUUAAUAAGGAGAUUGCUGAUAGGGUAGAGUUGCAACAUUAUGUGGAGCUUGAGGAGUUAGUUCACCUUGCAAUUAAGGUGGAAAAGCAACUAAAACCUAGAGGGACAGCAAGGUUUGAAUAUAAGGGCACUUCGAGUGGGAGGCCACAUUGGUCUAAUUCUUGGAAAGGAGGUAAGAAAGGUGAUGAUAAGGUUAUUCCCAAUGACAACAAAGGGAAAAGCAUUUCAGGCAAUAAAGACACAUCUAAACCCGAAAUUAACAAAGAAAAGAAUAGAGACAUCAAGUGUUUCAAAUGCUUGGGGCGUGGCCAUAUUGCUUCACAAUGUCCAAACAAGCGGGCAAUGGUGGCUAGAGACCAUGGGGAGAUUGAAACAGCAAGUGAAGAGAGUGAUAAUGAUGAUGAGAUAUCACAAUUGGAAGACGGCAGCGAUGAUUGCAUUGAGGGUCCUAUGGGAGGUGAGCUCUUGGUGGCUAGGGCUGCACUAAGUGUUCAAAUGAAGGAAGAUGAUACCUUGGAGCAGCAAAGAGACAACAUUUUCCACACAAGAUGCCAUGUACAAGGUAAGACUUGUCUUGUUAUUAUUAAUGGUGGUAGUUGUACAAAUGUUGCUAGCACUUUAAUGGUUGAAAAAUUGGGUUUAAAUCUAAUUCCACAUCCUAGACCUUAUAAAUUGUUAUGGUUAAAUAAUUGUGGUGAGAUCAAAGUGAAUAAGCAAGUUGUUGUACCUUUCACAAUUGGUAGAUAUUCGGAUGAGGCGCUAUGUGAUGUAGUGCCAAUGCAUGCUGGCCAUAUCUUGUUAGGUAGGCCAUGGGAAUUUGAUACGAGGGCCUUCCAUGAUGGCUUUCUAAAUAGGUACUCAUUUGUGAAGGAUGGGAGAAAAGUUACUUUGACACCUCUUUCUCCUAAGGAAGUGUAUGAUGACCAAUGUAAGUUGGAAAGAGAGAGGCGUGAGGCUGAAAAUAACAAAAAGGAACAUGAAAACCCAAAGGGUGAGAUUCAGCCAAAAGAGAAAACAAAGGCAAAGGGUAGUUUUUUGGCUAGGGAAAGUGAAGUUAGGCAUGCAUUUCAUUCAAGUCGGAUGUUAUUUGUUGUUACUUAUAAAGAUGUAUAUUUGAACACUACUGAACUUGAUCUUUCCUUGCCGAGUGUGUUUGCUAAUCUUUUGCAGGAAUUUGCUGAUGUCUUUCCCGAGGAAAUGCCAAGUGGAUUACCUCCUCAAAGAGGGAUAGAACAUCAAAUAGACUUCAUACCUGGGGCUUCCAUACCAAAUAGACCAGCCUAUAGAAGUAAUCCAGAGGAGACAAAGGAGCUUCAAAGGCAAGUGGAAGAACUGAUGUCAAAGGGGUAUGUGCGUGAGAGCUUAAGUCCUUGUGCGGUUCCAGUGAUUUUGGUUCCAAAGAAGGAUGGCACAUGGAGAAUGUGUGUGGACUGCCGUGCAAUUAAUAAAAUAACGGUAAAGUAUCGUCAUCCCAUUCCUAGGUUAGAUGAUAUGCUUGAUGAGUUGCAUGGUGCAUGUUUGUUUACUAAGAUUGAUUUGCGUUCUGGUUAUUAUCAAAUUUGCAUGAAAACUGGUGAUGAGUGGAAAACGGCUUUUAAGACUAAAUAUAGUCUAUAUGAGUGGUUAGUUAUGCCGUUUGGGCUUACAAAUGCACCUAGUACUUUUAUGAGGUUGAUGAACCAUGUCUUGCGUGAGUGUCUUGGUAAAUUUGUGGUUGUGUAUUUUGAUGAUAUCUUAGUUUAUUCCAAGUCCAUUGAUGAUCAUGUCAUGCAUGUGCGUAGGGUUCUAGACAUUCUUAGGGUAGAAAAAUUGUAUGCCAAUUUGAAAAAGUGUGCUUUUUGCAUGGAUAAAGUUAAUUUCCUUAGUUUUGUUAUUAGUUCAAAGGGGCUCGAGGUUGAUGUGGAGAAAGUGAAAGCAAUUAGGGAGUGGCCAACACCUAAAAACAUUAGCCAAGUUAGGAGUUUUCAUGGCUUGGCUAGUUUCUAUAGGAGGUUCAUUAAGGACUUUAGUAGUAUAGCUGCACCUUUGAAUGAAAUUGUCAAGAAAAAUGUUGGGUUUACUUGGGGUGAUGCACAAGAACAUGCUUUUAAUAUGCUUAAAGAUAAGUUGUGUGCUGCUCCUUUGUUGGUUUUACCUAACUUUGACAAAACCUUUGAGAUUGAGUGUGAUGCUAGUGGCAUUGGGAUUGGGGCUGUUUUGAUGCAAGAAGGCAGACCUAUAUGCUAUUUUAGUGAAAAACUAAAUGGAGCAGCCCUUCGGUACCCAACCUAUGACAAAGAACUCUAUGCUUUGGUUCGGGCCUUGCAAACAUGGCAACACUAUUUAUGGCCCAAAGAAUUUGUCAUCCACACGGAUCAUGAGAGUUUGAAGCAUCUCAAGGGGCAAGACAAACUGAACCGAAGACAUACUAAGUGGAUGGAGUUCAUUGAGACAUUCCCAUAUGUGAUCAAAUACAAGAAAGGUAAGGAGAAUGUGGUUGCUGAUGCACUAUCUCGAAGGUAUGCUUUACUUACUACUCUUGAUUCUAAAUUGCUGGGCUUCGAGUUCAUAAAAGAGUUGUAUGUGAGUGAUAAUGAUUUCAGCGGCAUGUUUACAACUUGUGCUAAUGGGGCUGUUUCUGCUGAUUUUUAUGUGUUUGAGGGAUUUCUUUUCAAGAAAAAUCGCCUUUGUAUUCCUAAUUGUUCUUUGCGGGCUGUAUUGGUUAGGGAAGCACAUGGGGGCGGUUUAAUGGGUCAUUUUGGAGUGCAAAAGACUUAUGAUAUUCUGAUUGAGCAUUUUUAUUGGCCAUGCAUGAAACGUGAUGUGCAUAGAAUUUGUGGUCAAUGCAUUGUGUGUUUGAAAGCUAAGUCCAAACUGCAACCCCAUGGGUUAUAUACACCUUUACCUAUUCCUGAUGUUCCUUGGACAGAUUUGUCUAUGGACUUUGUGCUUGGUUUGCCGAGAUCUAGGAAAGGUAGAGAUAGUAUAUUUGUUGUUGUGGAUAGGUUUAGUAAAAUGGCUCACUUUAUCCCUUGCCAUAAAAGUGAUGAUGCUGUCCAUAUUGCUGAUUUGUUUCUUAGAGAAGUUGUGCGUUUGCAUGGAGUACCUAAGACCAUUGUUAGUGAUAGAGAUGUUAAAUUUCUAAGUCACUUUUGGCGUGUGCUAUGGGGUAAGUUAGGAACUAAAUUGCUUUAUUCUACUACUUGCCAUCCACAGACAGAUGGACAAACUGAAGUUGUGAAUAGGACUUUGAUUCAAUUGCUUCGUGCUUUGAUUUCUAGGAAUUUAAAAUCUUGGGAGGAUUUGUUGCCAUAUGUUGAAUUUGCAUAUAAGGAGAAAAAGGUGAAACUGGUGGUUACCCAAUUUAGUGACUAUGCUAUAGUUUGGUGGGAUCAGUUGGUGGUUAGUAGGAGGAGGAACAUGGAAGAGCCUAUUGGUAGUUGGAUUGCACUCAAAACUAUCAUGAGAAUGCGUUUUGUACCCAGACAUUACCAUAGGGAGUUACAUCAAAGACUCCAAUCUUUGAGGCAAGGUACAAGGAGUGUUGAGGAUUUUUAUAAGGAGAUGGAAAUGCUCAUGACUAGGGCUGAUUUGGAUGAGGAUAGAGAAGCUACCAUGGCACGAUUCAUUGGUGGGCUUAAUAAGGAGAUUGCUGAUAGGGUGGAAAAGCAACUAAAACCUAGAGGAACAGCAAGGUUUGAAUAUAAGGGCACUUCGAGUGGGAGGCCACAUUGGUCUAAUUCUUGGAAAGGAGGUAAGAAAGGUGAUGAUAAGGUUAUUCCCAAUGACAACAAAGGGAAAAGCAUUUCAGGCAACAAAGACACAUCUAAACCAGAAAUUAACAAAGAAAAGAAUAGAGACAUCAAGUGUUUCAAAUGCUUGGGGCGUGGCCAUAUUGCUUCACAAUGUCCAAACAAGCGGGCAAUGGUGGCUAGAGACCAUGGGGAGAUUGAAACAGCAAGUGAAGAGAGUGAUAAUGAUGAUGAGAUUCCACAAUUGGAAGACGGCAGCGAUGAUUGCAUUGAGGGUCCUAUGGGAGGUGAGCUCUUGGUGGCUAGGCGCACACUAAGUGUUCAAAUGAAGGAAGAUGAUACUUUGGAGCAGCAAAGAGACAACAUUUUCCACACAAGAUGCCAUGUACAAGUGAAUAAGCAAGUUGUUGUACCUUUCACAAUUGGUAGAUAUUCGGAUGAGGCGCUAUGUGAUGUAGUGCCAAUGCAUGCUGGCCAUAUCUUGUUAGGUAGGCCAUGGGAAUUUGAUACGAGGGCCUUCCAUGAUGGCUUUCUAAAUAGGUACUCAUUUGUGAAGGAUGGGAGAAAAGUUACUUUGACACCUCUUUCUCCUAAGGAAGUGUAUGAUGACCAAUGUAAGUUGGAAAGAGAGGCGUGA